CAAUCUGACGUGUGACGUCAAUGAAUAUUGAGAGGGGUCACUUUUUGAACCUGAAUUGUAAAAAGUUUUGUGUGCUCUGGUUUCAAAGAUGAUAAAACUAUGUUCAUCAGAUACGAUAUUUACUAAUUGUUCGCUUUAAAUGUUUAAAUGACUUAAUGAAACAGUAGCCAUUAUAUCUAAUAUUAUUCAAACGUAUGCAGUGUUAUUAUAGGGAUUAUAUACUUUAAAAUACUAAUUAAAUAUGGAAGAUCGAAAGAUUUCAGUUGUACUUCUAAGUGUGGAUGGUAGCGAUGUUUCUCUUUUCGCGAUAAAAAAAUAUUCAGAAGAAUUAAUGGAAUCAAAUCAUCAUGUCGUUGCUGUUUUAGUCGGCGAAAGGACAGAUGUUGCAUUCAGUGCUAUUGGGCCAUUGGACAAAUCUUUAGUGAAGGCACUUAUAGAGGCAGAGGAACAGAAAAUUAGCGAGAAGAUUAGUCGUGUAAAGGCGUGUAUGGAUGAAUGUAAGAUAAAAGGAGAAAUUAUCAGAGCAUUUGGAGAACCGGGCCCAGCAAUUCUGGACAAAGCAAAGGAACUUAAAGCUAGCUUUAUUGUCACUGGAUCACGUGGGUUGGGAAAGCUGCGGAAAACAUUAUUGGGUAGCGUCAGCAGUUACCUGUUACACCAUGCGCACAUCCCUAUUGUUGUUUGCAAGAUGCCAAGUUGAAAAAUAUUAUUUGCAGUCUUGGCAUACAACUUACAGCUUUCGUUCGAGAAUUGACCUGUUGCUGCUAUUUUAUAUUGUUAGCAUUCGGAUUCCAAAUUAUCGAGAUUGUGAUACUGAAAAUGAUCAGAGUCGGUGUAAACUUUUUGAUCUUAUUAGUAAACUUGUUCAAAAGGCUUUCUAUUUUUCAAACACUGUAAUAAAAUUUUGAAAUGCUGUAAUUAUCA